CGUGCCCCUUAUCCUAUGCAGAAUAUGAAUCAACAGUUACCUACACAAUUGUCAAGCCCUUCUCAAGGGGUUCCGCAUGGCAUGCAUCCUGGUUCCUUCCCCAUGUUUGGGUUUCCAAACCAACUGCCUCAGGCUAUGGUCCCUCAGAGUUCAUUACUUUCUCCAAGUCCACAGUUAGGUUUUGAGCCUGGAAGGCAUGUCCGGCUGCAUAUUGACCCGAACGAGAAAAACCUUGCUCCACCAAACGUGAAUGCAAAUGCUUUUGUAUCACAGUCGCCUUUUUCAUCUCAUCAAUUACAAGGGAAUACUUCUGGGUCACUUAAUUCUGAUUUGGCUCAUACAAGUAACUCUCAACCUCCUGCACUUUUAAAGUCGCACUCACAGGUGAAUCCUUAUGGAAAUAUUAAAACUAAUGUUCCAAAUACCAACUGGAAUGGAUCACCCAGCAAAAACUUCAAAAAUAGACCAACACGAGGGGGGUUUAAAGGAGGAUUCCAGAAGUCUAAAUUUAAUGAUGUGAAUAAUGGAAAGCGCAGAACUGGGUUUCUUAAAGAUCAUAAUGGAAGAGUGGGAGGGCAGCACAGAUAG